UAUUUAUAUUGUCACUAUAGAAUAAAUUAUUGGAAAAGACGCGGUGUGAAACAAUUGCCGAGUACGGAUAUAAUAUUUGGUGAUUUCAAAAACGGUAUUUUGUUUCGUACUGCACCGGGAUGGCAUUUAGGAGAAAUUUAUCGCAGUGCACCUCAAGAUGCUCCAUAUGUUGGAUUUUAUAUAUUCCAUAAGCCGUGUUUUUUGUUACGAGAUCCGGAAAUUAUAAAGCAAAUAUUGAUACGUGAUUUUGAUAAUUUUUCCGAUAGACAUUUCGCCGGGCCACAGCAAAAAGACAGCAUUGGAAUGAAAAAUUUGUUUGGAUUGAAAAAUCCCGCGUGGAAAUAUUUGAGGAGUAAAAUAACCCCGACAUUGACUCGAGGUAAAUUGAAGCUAAUGUUUCCAUUGAUGAUAGAAACUGCUCAGCCUAUGAUGGAUUACAUUAAAGAAAAAACUUUUAAUGAUAACGGAGUUAAAGUUAUUGAUGCUCAGGAUAUAAAUUAUAAAUAUACUGCUGAUCUUAUUGCUAAUGUUGCUCUUGGAACUAAAACGGACUCUUUUAAAUAUCCCGAUUCUGAUUUCAAUAAAUCUCUUAUGGAAUUUUUCCAUGGAUUUAAACGUAUGGUAGCAUUAGUUACGGUAUUUUUUAUGCCGGAACUUGUAGAAUUGAUUGGUUCACCAAUAUUAUUUGACUCAACAUUUGUGCGUAAAGUAUUUUGGAGUGCUGUAGAGUCACGUGAAAAAAGCGGUAAUAAGAGAGGAGACUACAUUGAUUCACUCAUACAAUUGAAAAAUGGAGAACAAAAUAAUAUUUACAAAUUUGAAGGGGAAAAUCUUCUGUAUCAAUCAGGAACAUUUUUUUCUGGAUUUGAAUCAAGCUCUACUACGUCAGCUUUUACUCUUAUGGAGUUGGCGAAGAAAAAAGAUUGUCAAGACCGUGCACGAGAAAAUAUAAAACGUGCUAUUGAUAAACAUGGGUGGACAUUUGAAGCUUUUAAUGAAAUGAAAUACCUGGAUCAGUGUAUUGCUGAGGGCGUCAGAUUACAUCCGUCUGUUUCUACUAUUGAUCGAUAUACUCGUGAAGAUUACAAAAUUCCUGAGACAAAUAUAAUUAUUGAAAAAGGUACUCCUGUUUAUAUUUCGUUGUACGGACUACAUGGUGAUGAAAAAUUUUUCGAUGAACCUGAUGUAUUCAAUCCCGAAAGAUUCAAUGAUGAUAAAAAAAUAUCUGACGCUUACAUUCCAUUUGGUGCCGGACCUAGGAUGUGUGUUGGUAUGAGAGUUGGACAACUGCAUGUAAAAGUUGUACUUUCAAUGAUUUUAUCCGAGUAUGAAGUCUUUCAGAAACCGGAAGAAAUAAAUAAAUUGGAUUCACGGUCGACGUUCACUGCUGCUGCUAAUGGAAUAAAUAUUGAAUUCAGAAAAUUAGUUCCAUAA